UGGGAGAGGAGGGACUCAGGAUAUCCAACCCUUCGCCGUCCUCUCUGGAAAUGCCUGGGCCGCACUUUUCCAGUGAUGUUUUGAACCCAUUAGUUCCACAAGACGUCCUCCAUGGUCCCUAAAGCCCGGAAAGGGGGCGGGACGAAGGUAGAUGAGCAGGCCUGGUAGCCAGUCACAGGCGAACGGAGGUCCGGGCACCGGGUACAGUUCCGGUUCCGCCGGCCUAGAUCUCUGGGUCCAACCUCAGGUGAGAGCUGAAGCGGCGCUGUGCAAUGCCUCUGCACAAGUUCCCGGUCCACUUGUGGAAGCGGCUGCAGCGCCAGGAAGGCAUCUGCUCGCGCCUUCCGGCGCAUUUCCUGCGCUCUCUGGAGGACACACAGACACCUACCCCCGUCCACUACCGGCCUCACGGGGCCAAGUUCAAGAUCAACCCCAAGAACGGGCAACGGGAGCGUGUGGAAGACGUGCCCAUCCCUAUUUACUAUCCUCCGGAGUCCCAGAAGGGGCUCUGGGGUGGCGAGGGCUGGAUCCUGGGCUACAGAUAUGCCAACAACGACAAGCUCUCAAACAGGGUGAAGAAGGUGUGGAAGCCACAGCUGUUUCAGCGUGAGCUCUACAGUGAAAUCCUGGACAAGAAGUUCUCUGUGACUGUAACCAUGCGGACCCUCGAUCUCAUUGAUGAGGCCUAUGGGUUUGACUUCUAUAUCCUCAAGGGUGGGUGGAGCCCUACCAUCAGCACCUGGCCCCAAGUGAACCUCCUGCAGACGCCGAAGGAGGACCUAUGCUCCAAGUUUGGGAUGGACCUGAAGCGAGGAAUGCUGCUGAGACUUGCCCGGCAAGACCCCCAGCUGCACCCAGAUAACCCUGAGCAGAGGAUGGCCAUCUACCACAAGUACAAGGAGUUUGUCAUCCCAGAGGAGGAGGCUGAGUGGGUAGGCCUUACACUAGAGGAGGCUGUGGAGAAGCAGAGGCUCCUGGAGGAGAAGGACCCUGUCCCCCUCUUCAAGAUCUACGUGGAGGAGCUGAUUGAGCGGCUUCAGCAACAGGCACUGUCAGAGCCUGUGGUGGUGCAGAAGAGAGCCAGCGGGAAGUGACCAAACAGCCUCUUCAGUGCCUGACCACCAGGCUCAGGCUUUCUCACUGGGUCUUUUAUCACUGUGGACACAGAAACUGGGAAGGCCAUGAGGGCUGCCUGUGGGCAGUGGGUGAAUCUUGGUUCUUGUAUGUUGGCUACACAGCUCCUGGGGGCACUGUUGUCCCAGGAUCCUCUAGAGGCCUGGUACUAAGCAGAGGCCUUGCCCAGACUGGGGCAAACACCACAUAGCAUUUAUUGUCCCUGUGGGUCUGGGAGCAAGUAAAGUCUGAGCCAGGCA